AUGUCCUCCCGACCGAUUCCGGCUACGGCGGCCAAUCCCAUUGAGACUAGCCAACUGCGCAGGAGAUAUUAUAGUGCACAAGUGUAUGUGCAGACACAACGUGCACUAUCUAUUCCUGUCACUCUCAUACUCUGGAGGGACGACUACUCGACACGACCAGUGAGAGUUGAGGGCAUGACCGACGGUUAUACAUGCUCUCCGAGGCACGGGGCUGAAACACCGCCAACUUCCCAACUGCGGGCUGUUACUGAGGUU